UGCUUGUGAGUGAAAAAUUGGUCUUAUCACAAUCAUCUUUUUCUUUGGUAAAAGCCUUAUAUUCUAUUUCUCUUUAGUAAAAUGCACAUAAAUGGUCAUUUUUGUACAUCAACAUUAUUUCAAUUAUACAGUUCUCAAAAUGGUGAGUCUCUCUGAUGCAUACAAAGCAGCAUCAGAGAAGAAACCAAAUUCCCUCGAAAUCCUCUGCAACUUCUGGAGAGAAAAUGAAGGCACGACACCGAUCGUAGACCAACGUGGCAACACGAUCCUCCAUUUCCUUGCCAUCCACGGCAACAUAGCUGCCAUUAAAAUGCUUGACAAGCAUGGUUUACUUACCACUGAACAGCUUAAGAAAUGUAAUGCCAAUGGCGAAAUUGCUUUGCAUGAAGCUGCGCGGUUUGGUCACAAGGAUGUGGCAGAAACAAUGCUGGAGAAGGAAGGAGAUUUAAUCAAUGCGCGCAAUGAGUUGGGAGAGACGCCCAUUUAUGUUGCUGCUGCAUUUGGGAAUAGGGAUGUUUUUGAUUUUUUUUCAAAAAUAUGUGAUGAUGAGUGGUUGAUGGGAUUGAGGACAAGAGAUGGUUGCACUGUUCUUCAUGCUGCUGUGAAAGGAGAAUAUUAUCGUAUGUUAAUUUCUAUAUCCAUUUUUUCAUUCUUUAACUUCAAUUCGAAGUCACAAUGUUUGGCUGUGAACAUAUUGGAAUCAUACCCUAAACUUGCUGACAAACGUGACGAAAAGGGUAUAAAAGCUUUAGAUCUGUUGGCCUCAAAACCAUUGUCCUUUAGAAGUGGAUCAUCAUAUACGCUUAAAAAUCUAGGCUCCAUGCCUUUCAUUCCCUGCCAGAUUUUGGCAGUUUUAGUCUAUAGUUGUAUUCCAUCCAUGGUUAUUGAUUCGGAAAUUGUUGGUGAUGUGGAGGACCCGCGUGGUAGUGCACAUGAUAUCUCCAAGUCAGAAGGGGCUUUGUUAUCCAAAUUAAUGUCAGGGUACAGAAGGAUCAUCAGAGUUUUUCCUUGGAUUAAACAAAUUGAUGAUGCAAGGCAAAAGCACGUGUUUGCAAGAGAGCUGGCAAAAAGACUGAUAGAAGAAGAAAAUGGUUGGAGUGAUUACCUAAAUUGCAAAAAUUUUCAUGUUUCUGGAUUGGGCUGCUUUGGAGAAACUUCGUCACAGAAUAAGAAGAAUAGAGUGAUAGACCCACUUAUCCUAGCAACAAAGCACGGCAUCCAUGAGAUGGUAGAGGAAAUCCUUGAAAAAUUCCCUAAUGUUGCAACUACAUUUGAUGAGAAUGGAAGAAAUAUACUGCACAUGGCAGCACAGUUGAAAGAUAGAAUUCUCUAUGACUACUUGAAGAAGACUGUUAAUCACGCAGAUAGGAUGAUGGCCGAUGUUGAUAAACAUGGGAACACCAUCUUGCAUCUUACAGCCUAUGAGUGCAAGCAGGGUCAUUUUCUCACAACUCAUUUUGGACCUGUAAACCGAAUGUCGUGGGAUGUGUUUUGGUUCAAGCGUGUACAGAAUGACUCUCAUCCACAUUUGAUAUAUCAUCGAAACAUUGAGGGUAAGACGCCAAAAGAACUAUUUGAGGAAGAGCACGAGGACAUGAUAAACAAAGCUGAGAAAGUAGUCAAAGAUAUUAAUAGCUGCUUGAUGCUUGUUUCUACUCUAAUAGGCACAGUCAAUUAUGCAGCACUUUUUACUGUCCCUGGUGGUUUCGAUCAAGACAAGGGCCUGCCAAUUUUUUUCACAAAAGCAAAAAAUGGACGAGAGGAUCUGCAGUUGUUCAUGGUUUAUGUAGGAGGAAGUCUGGUUGCUUCUUUAUUGGGUUUGGGAACUCAGCUUUCAAUACAAGUGUCACGGUUCAAUAGCAAUGAUUUUCACAUUUCAUUGCCUAUGAAAUUUCUUUAUACAAUCACGUCCUUGUUCUAUGCUGCAGCCUUCUCAAUCACAGCAUGCUUCCAAAUCUUCAUCAUCGAGGGUGCCUUCAUAAAUUCAUAUUUUGCGGUGAUGGUGCUUGCCUGUAUAUUUAUGACCCUUGUUUACACGGACGCAUUAUACUUGACCUAUGAUUACUUGUACUACGUAAUUCGUUAUUCGCUUGCUUAUAGAGGCCAGAAAAUGUAAGUCUGCAGCUGGAUAGGUACUUGUUUUAAGAUCAUGUUUGUAUUUGUGUGCAAUUUAAGUGUGACUGUACAUGUGAGAUGUAUUGGAAAAGGACUGUUGAAGGAGAGUUUCUCAAGUAUUGCUAAGACAUGCUACGAAUACAGUUGAUUUUGUAUUCAAAUAACGCACUGCUAUAGAUCUUGUUGGCAUGCUUUAGAUGUGGAAUGUGUAUGGUUCACGAGUUCUAGUUUGUUAUAAAUGGUAAUGGUUUUUAUUUA